AUGUCGACAGUACCAAGCUUCUCCGUGCACCCCGACGAGCUCACAGAAUCCACCAAGGAGACCCUCAACAAUCGCGCCUACUUCUAUGCCAACUCCAACGCCGGGCUCGGCUGGUACGGUCAAGGCAAACAGGCCUUUUACAGGUGGCGCAUCGUCCCGCGCAUGCUCGUCGACACUAACACUCGCGACCUCACCACCGAACUCUUCAGACACCGCAUCCCCGCCCCGAUCCUCUUUGCGCCCAUCGGGAUCAACAAGCUCUACUCCCCCGAGGGUGAUCUCGUCCCCGCCAAGAUUACCGGCGAGCUCGGCCUUCCGUAUUGUCUCUCGACGGCGUCGUCGCAGCCCAUCGAGGCCGUCGCCGCCGCGAACGACCGCGGCGCGUCGGGCCCCAACGGCGGGAACGCGAAGAGCCCGCGCUUCUUCCAGCUGUACAUAGGGCACGACGACGAGAUCGCGCAUCUGACGGAUCGGAUCGCGCAGACGGUCAGCUUGCUGGAGCGCGCGUGGAAGAGCGGGUUCGACGUGUGCAUGUUGACGGUCGAUACGUGGCAGCUGGGCUGGCGCCCGACGGACAUCGCCAUCGCGAACUACACGUUUGGACAGCAUGUCGGGAACGAGGUCGGCACGUCCGAUGCCGUGUUCAUGAAGAAGCACGGCGAGGAGAUGAAGACGGACUCUGGGAAGUGGAUCGACUCGGCGGUGUGGCACGGCAAGGCGCACACAUGGGACAAGAUGCCGUGGCUCAUCCGCGAGUGGAAGCGCAUCUCGAGCGGACGGCCGUUCGUGAUCAAGGGGAUUCAGAGCGUCGAGGACGCGGUCGGCUGCGAGGGCAUCGUCGUCACGAACCACGCGGGGCGGCAAGUCGACGGCGCGGUGGGCAGCCUCGAGGUCCUCCCGGAGAUCGUCCACGCCGUAGGCGGCAAGAUGAAGAUCAUAUUCGAUUCCGGGAUUAGGACGGGCGCGGACGUGUUCAAGGCGCUGGCGCUCGGCGCGCACGCGGUCCAGGUCGGGCGGCUGUACGUGUGGGGCAUGUCGCACGAGGGCGAGGCCGGGUGCCGGCACGUCAUCAAGUCCCUCCUCGCCGACUUGGACAUCACGAUGACCGUCGCGGGGUACGCGUCCGUCACGGAGGACGUGCGCCGGAACAGGAAGGCGCUGCGCUACACCGCGUCCGGGACGGCCCCGGGCUCCGGUGAGCACGCGAAGCUGUGA